CUGUCAGAGCACGGGUGUCGCCAUUGUUACCGCAUCUGACUUCUUUACUUUUUUGAAACUGAUGCCCGGCUCCUCGUCUGGGGGCCGUAGUCCCUCACCCCUAAAGAAGUCUCCGCCCCACCACUCGGCGUACACAGGCAGAGGUGGGGGAAGCCCCGGGCUAGGGCUCCAGCCCAUUCCACCAUGAGCAAACGGAAGGCGCCGCAGGAGACCCUCAACGCGGGCAUCACGGACUUCCUGACAGAGCUUGCAAACUAUGAGAGGAAUGUGAACCGAGCAAUCCAUAAAUACAAUGCUUACAGAAAAGCAGCUUCAGUGAUAGCCAAAUACCCAAGCAAAAUAAAGAGUGGAGCAGAAGCAAAGAAACUGGAUGGAGUAGGAGCAAAAAUUGCUGAGAAGAUUGAUGAGUUUUUAACUACUGGAAAAUUGCGUAAACUAGAAAAGAUUAGGCAGGAUGAUACAAGUUCAUCCAUCAAUUUCCUGACACGAGUUAGUGGUAUUGGGCCAUCUGCUGCAAGGAAGUUUGUAGAUGAAGGAAUUAAAACAUUGGAAGAUCUUAGGAAAAAUGAAAACAAAUUGAAUCAUCAUCAGCGAAUUGGGCUGAGAUAUUUUGACGACUUUGAGAAGAGAAUUCCCAGGGAGGAGAUGUUGGAAAUGCAAGACAUUGUAUUGAAUGAAGUUAAAAAAGUUGAUCCAAAAUAUAUUGCCACAGUCUGUGGAAGUUUCCGACGAGGUGCAGAGUCAAGUGGAGACAUGGAUAUUCUCCUCACCCAUCCUAGUUUCACUUCUGAGUCAGCUAAACAGCCCAAGCUGUUGCAUCAAGUUGUUGAACAACUACAGAAAGUCCACUUCAUCACAGAUACUUUGUCAAAGGGGGACACAAAGUUUAUGGGUGUUUGUCAGCUGUCAAGUGAAGAUGAUGAAGCUCCAUAUCCUUACAGAAGAAUUGAUAUCAGAUUGAUUCCCAAGGACCAGUAUUACUGUGGUGUUCUCUACUUUACUGGCAGCGAUAUUUUCAAUAAGAAUAUGAGGGCCCAUGCCCUAGAAAUGGGCUUUACAAUCAAUGAGUAUACGAUCCGGCCUUUGGGAGUCACUGGAGUUGCUGGAGAACCCCUCCCAGUGGACAGUGAGAAAGACAUCUUUGAUUAUAUCCAGUGGAAAUACCGAGAACCCAAAGACAGAAGCGAGUGAUGCCUUUGACAGUACCAAGAACCACCACAUAGCAAUGUUUAUUUCUUGAACUUUACUUCUGUAAGGGUCUUUACUGUUUAUAAAUGAUAGCUUCUUCUUCA